AUGCACGUUCAAGCCGUCGUUUCUCAGGACUACAUGCGCAACACGCGGACCAGCGAUGGGGUGUGGGGUCUACCCCGGGGGCUGGAGUAUUACAAGGCAAGUUACAAGUGGCAGCUGUCCAAUGUUCUGGAUCCCGAGUACAUCCAUGAGACCGGGCUUGCGGAGGUCGAACGCAUCAUGGGAGAAAUAGAAAAUGGGAGCAUGCUUGCAGAUAACUGUUAUGUUAACCCUUUACCCAAACUACAGAUUGAUACGAACAUGUGCUAUUCAUGCUCUUUCUUGAUGACGCAGAUCAUGAAGAGAGACGGGUUCAACGGAUCUCUUCAGGAAUACUUCGCGGUGUUGAGGCAAAACCAGUCCAAUUUGAGUCAGAUCCGAAUAAAGCGAAAUGCUAAUAAUGGGCCGCUAGGAAUCUACAAGAAUGCAGCCGCUGAUGGAUCCAGACCGGGCGUGUUCUAUGCCAACGUUGACAAUGGUCCAGUCGCCAAGUUUACCAUGGCAUCGCUGCUGGUCCAUGAGACGGACCCCGGACAUCACCUGCAGGACGCCUACGCUCUCACCAAUCCAGCCAUUCCCAUGUUCAGGAGAGCCGUCGACUACUCCAAGUACUUCGCCGCCCCUGUGCAUUUCCCGUUCUAUACCACUUACUCAGAAGUACAUGGAUGGGGCCUAUAUUCGGAAGAACUGAGAGAUGAAUUAGGGGUGUAUCAGGAUGACUACGACCGACUUGGCAAGUUUAAUCAGCAGAUCUUCCGAGCAGCGAGAUUAGUAGUGGAUACGGGAUUGCACGCGAAAAAAUGGAGCCGAGCUGAUGCUAUAGGUUACAUGCUGAACAACACCGCCUUAGCCAGGGCCAACAUUGAGCGGAAGAUAGACCGCUACAUCACGUUGCCUGGCCAGGCGACGGCCUACACUAUUGGAAACUUGAAAGUUAUCGAGCUGAGGCGACGGGCAACCAUUAGGACAUGUGGGUUCUUUGAUGUGAAGAAGUUCCACAGUGUGUUACUGAAGAACGGGGCUCUGUCGAUUAGCAUCCUGGAUACGAUGGUAGACGACUGGGUGAUGGAAGUCCGCCAAAAGCACGCUAUUUCUGGUUCCGAUUGUCCUAACGCAGUUUCGGUCGCUUUAACAACAAACGCUGCUGCAACAUCAACUUUAAUCUCUUUCGUCUUUAUACUGUACUCUAUUCUGUGA